ACACACACACACGCACACACACAUACAUUUACAUAUCUAUUAGCACGCCUGAAGCCACUUCAUUUGUGUCAGUCUCAUCACCUUCAGAGCAGGUGAAUAGGCAUUAAAUAUAUUAUACAGACUCACUGUAAACAACGACAUUCAGAGGCGCAGGAGAGACCAAACAGAGCCCGCGACUAUCAGAUUUAGUACUAUGUCUGUCAAACUGGAGGACACCCUGAAAGAUGAAAACCUGAUCAAACGUUUAGAGGAGAUAGCAAAAGACACGGCGCUGUUACAUGGAGUGUUGAUGCGGACCAAAGACACGCCAAACUCUCCUGAAGUGGUGAGUUAUGCACCAUUCACAUUGUUUCCCACAUCGGUGCCAGCAGCACUCUUUCAUCAGGCACUGGCAGUGCAGACACAGUUUAACCGCUUGGUGGACCGGGUCAGCCAGAAUCACAGUUUUUUAGAGGACACACUGGCCAGCACCAUCAAAGUUGACGAUUUUACAGCCAGACUUUUCAACAUCUACAAACAAGUUCAGCAGGAGGGCCAUGCUCAGAAAAUAGUAGUGGGUCUGAAUCGCUCAGACUACAUGUUAGACCACAGUCCAGACGGUCGGACAUCUCUGAAGCAGAUUGAAAUCAACACUAUUGCUGCGAGUUUUGGUGGUCUUGCUUCACGAACACCAGAUGUCCAUCGGCACAUUCUGAAGGUGGCAAACCUGCCAGAUGAGUGCAGUCUUGUUCUCGACAACAACCCAGCAGCAGGUCUGGCCAAAGGUUUGGCCAAGGCCUGGGAGCUUUAUGGAUCCAAGAGGGCAGUGGUUUUGUUUCUGGUUGAGAAUGUACAGAGGAAUAUUUAUGACCAUCGAUAUGUGGAGAACGAGCUGUGGAAAAGAAAUAUACCUGUAAUAAGAAGACAAUUCGAAGAUGUUUUCAGGACUGGAUCUCUGGAUGAAAGCAAGAGGCUCUUCGUAGAUGGCCAUGAGGUAGCCAUUGUCUACUUCCGAAAUGGAUACAUGCCUCAAAACUACACCUCAGAGCAGAGCUGGGAGGUGCGUCUGAUGAUGGAGCGCUCUGUGGCAGUGAAGUGUCCAGAUAUCAGCACUCAUCUCGCCGGGACUAAGAAGGUCCAGCAGGAAUUAGCUCGGCCAGGUGUUCUGGAGUGCUUUUUCCCUGACGAACCUGAAACAGUUGCUCAGAUCCGGGCGACUUUUGCUGGACUGUACACGCUGGACAUGGGGGAAGAGGGUGAUAACACCGUAGCGAUGGCUUUGGCCAAUCCAGAUCAGUAUGUGCUGAAGCCUCAGAGGGAGGGAGGAGGUAACAACAUCUACGGCAGUGAGAUCUGCGAGGUGUUGGAGAAGCUGAAGAACUCUAGUGAGAGAACAGCCUACAUCCUGAUGGACAAGAUCCAGCCCGUCCCAGUCCAGAACAUCCUGCUCAGACCCGGAGCUCCUCUGAAAGUCAGCUCCUGUCUCAGUGAACUGGGUGCAUUCGGGGCGUACGUCAGGAAAGGCAGUGAAUUGGUGUUGAAUGAGUGCGUUGGUCAUCUUCUAAGGACCAAGAGCUCGGAGCAUGCAGAUGGCGGCGUUGCUGCAGGAGUAGCAGUGCUGGACAAUCCACUUCUGGUCUGAACCACGGCGACACAUGCUGUACUGGAGGAGAAACGCGUAUGACUGACAUCGGGGGAUUCAGCCCAAAUCAUUUCUACCUGAGACCUGUUUGAUCAAAGAUUUAGAGUUGAAUAUCCUCUAUUGAUGAAGUAAUCAAUCAGUUAUGACUGAACUACUUAUUUCCUCAAUAAGUUUUAUACCUCAUUCAAGGGUUGAUCUGUUAAUGUUUAGCCGUUAAUGUUUUAUAAAAGCAAAUUUUGUUAAUGCUUUCUUGGAUGGUAACAGAUGUUAUUAACUCUCUGGUGAUGUUCAUUUAGUCAUCACACUUGUGUAGUUCACUGUCAAAACAGACUGGAGACCAUAGUCCUAAAGAGUCCGAAAUUCACCCAA